AUGGCGGCUACAUAUUUGACUGGAUUACUUUCUCUGUGCGUGUGUCUCCUGCUGACACCUGCCUUUGCUGAGGCAGACAAACUGCUCGUUGUUCCCAUGGAUGGGAGCCACUGGUUCACCAUGCGAGCCGUUGUGGAGAAACUCAUCCACAGAGGGCAUGAGCUGGUCAUAGUUGUGCCGGAGGUGAGCUGGCACCUGGAAAAAUCUCUCAACUUCACAGUAAAGACUUACUCAACUUCUUACACGCUGGAGGAUCUGAAUCGUGAGUUCAUGGUUUUUGCCAAUUAUUGUUGGAAAACUCAAGACUUGGGUAUAUUAUCUUUAGCAAGAAGUCCAGCCAGCGCCGUGUUUGAGUAUUUUUUUUCACGUUGUAGGAGUUUGUUUGACGACACGAAAUUAGUGAAGUACAUAAAAGAGAGUUCUUUUGAUGCAGUGUUUACGGAUCCUUUUGAUCUGUGUGGCCUAAUUAUUGCCAAAUAUUUUUCACUGCCAUCGGUGGUCUUCACCAGGGGACCAUUUUGUCACUACCUUGAAGAAGGCACACAGUGUCCCAGUCCUAAUUCUUAUGUUCCCAGAGCUUUCUCAGUGUUGUCAGAUACCAUGACCUUCCGAGAGAGAGUACGGAACCAAAUCUUGCAUUUGGAGGAGCGUUUAUUUUGCCACUAUUUGUUCAAAAGUGGCUUAGAAAUUGCCUCUGAGAUUCUCCAAAUGCCAGUCACAGCUUAUGACCUCUACAGCCAUACGUCCAUUUGGUUGUUAAGAACUGACUUUGUUUUUGACUAUCCCAAACCUGUGAUGCCCAACAUGGUCUUCAUUGGAGGCAUCAACUGCAUCCAGGGAAAGCCAUUGCCAGAGGUAAGUUAUUUCUUCUUUAGCUCAUUAAGAACACCUGGCUUUGGGUUUAAAAAGAAUGACUCCUUACUGCACCGGAAUUUGCCAUUUGUUUGUCACAUUCGUAAUUUCUUUUUGGUUGAAUGACUUGUUUUAUGCCAAUUCAUUUAAUUGUGGGUUAACAGAUUUCAUAAAGUGGCUCCCUUUUAUUUGUGUGUGUAUAUAAUUGAUGACUCUCCAGGCUACAUUUUCUAACAGUUUGAUUUGAAAACUACUAAAAAACACAGUGAGGAAUGAAAUGCGCCUUUUUGCUAAUCUUAUGCCACCCUCC